AUUUGAUCUACUCCUCACCUCACUCACAAGCACUCUUUCUCUCUUCCUUCCUUGCUCAUUCAUAAACCUCUCCAACCUAUUUCUUUCAAUUUUACUUGAAUCUCUCUUUCCCCUCUCCAAAUGGCCAGUGUUGAGAUCUUGCAGGUUGCACAGCAAGCACCGACACCAGCACAAGAAAAUGAAACAACCGAGGUAAUCAAGACCCAGGAAACAACCCAAGAACAACCAGCCACUGAAGCUCCUGCUGCUACAGAACAACCGAUUGCUGAGGUUCCAGCACCGGAAGAACCAAAGGAAGAAACCACUGAAGAACCAAAAGAAACAGCAACAACAACAACUGAAGCCCCAGCUGCUCCAGAAACCCAAGUCCCAGUUGAAACUGAGACCAAAGAGGAAACAGAGGAUACAGAGCCUGAGGCUGAGACGCCAGCACCAGAGGAAACAGAGGAAAAACCUGAAGAGGUGAUCCAUGAAGAAACAGCAGCGGAGCCUGAAGCAGUAACCACCAAUGAAACAGAGUCAGCGCCACCAGCAACCACACAAGAGGAGAACAAAACAGCUGAGCCAGAAGAAGAAGCUUCAGUAGAAGUUCCUGUUGAGAAGACUGAAGCUUAGACGUAUGAACAUUGAACACAGUGUGAGUGGGGAAAAAAAGAAGAAGGUUUAAAUGGUCUUUAGUGGAUGUCAAGGUUGAAAAGCUUUUCUAUUUUAUUUUUCUUUUAGUUUAUUUUUACUAUUAAUAAUUUAUUAUUAUGAUGGUGAGUCUUUGGAUAUGGUUAAGAAUAUGGAGGGUAUACCUACAUGUAAGCAGGGCACUUGGCUCCUCCACAUCAGCAUACAUGCCAUGCGGUGGACAUGAGAUAUUCCAUGGUUUGUGUUUUGAGCUGAUGAGAUUGGUUGUUGGAGUUUGUGGAUGAUGGUUUCUUGGGUUACAUGAGUUUGUCAUGGUGUGUUAUUGUGUUUCUCUAGGUUUGAAUAAAUGAUAUAUUUACUUUAUGUUCUUC